UAACCUUGGUUUGCAUAAUUGCAUUGGUUUAACUCAGCUCGGCUCGGUGAGAUUCAUACUCGGUGAAAAUGGCGACGGUGGGAGGACGAGGACGAUCAACCAGAGAAAGCACGGCGAAAACAGCGGUGGCUGAUCAGAUUUCGCAGUCAAUCCAAUCAACCUCCAAUCUUCUGCAACUUAUGCAACAAUCUUCUCCCUCUCAGGCGCACCUAGCAAAGCUUCCGAAGAACCUAUUGGCGAAAACAGAUACCAUAAAAAAUACAGGGCAAGUGUUGCAGCAGCUACCACUAGUGAUUUCAUCACUUGAUGCAUAUAUGGAAAAUGGUUUACAUAGCAUUCCUCAUUUAAAGACCGUGACCCAGCUUCUCACAAACAUGGAAAGCUCCCAGCUCAAGUCAUCCUCUCAGCCUAAUCCCUCCGAACAGUCUCAAGAGGGAGCUGUAAACCAAUCUUCUGGGGAGCCUUGAAUUGUCAAGCCAGAGAGUGGCAAGAGGAUUUGGCAGAUGGGAAAACGUCUUCAGCAAGGCUUUCCAAACUCCUUAAAAUGUGGCAUACGUCCUUGACUUUCAGCCUUUCAGGUGCUAGAUACUGACAUUUGUUUUAGUACACGUUUUUUGCGUCCCUUAUUCAUGUACAUGGUGAUUUUACAUUUUAUUGGAGUGGUGGGGUUGCUUGUUGCAACUGGCGAGAGCGAGGGUAAAGGUGAAUAACGUAAGGGCUGGUACCACAGCCUUCAUUUGUAUUAUGUAGAAAAUUUUACACGCUGAAGAGACUAACCUCAAAAACUUAUGAGACUUUUUUUUGACACUA